CCUCCCUUAAUCAGGUAUAGUUCUAACGUCACGUUCAGACAUCUUCGUCGACUCGGAAACGCAACACUGCACCUUUUUCCUUAGAGAGGGGGAGUAUAAGAGCGAUAGGGGGACCUUCUUUCCGACACUUAUUAAAAUCCCCCACCGGAUGCUCGUCUCUGCGUCUUCAACGAAAGGUGGACGAGGGGAAGUUGGUCGGGUGGCGGAGGGAAAUCCCGUCGCCGUGCGGUCUCGCGUCAUAAGAAACGUCUACAAGCUGGCGAUGGCCGCGCUUCGCUGCUGACUAGCCGUGCGGCAGGUUCACUCGCUCGCUGCGAAGUGCUGGUGCGUGAGCCCCCACGAGGCGAGCAACACCGCUCUCGCUGUUGCCUCUGAGGGGGCUUCCAAUGGGAGACCGCCCUCGACGUCGACGACGCAACCUGGCUUCCCUUCCCUCCUCUCGCCGUUCCCCUCGCUCGUGGGUCGCCCGGGGACUCUCGGAACAGCUUAUUCACGUCGGACAAGAUUUCCGUUCGGCGGCCUCCGCCUGUUUCAGAAUCGCGGCGGGAGGGCCGACUGCCGCGGACAAGCACUUUCGGCACAGUUGCGCUCCGAACAACCAGAUCGGCGGCCGGUCCGCGCGCCGCUCUGUCGUGCGGGACUUGCUCGUGCUGGCUUCGCUGGUGGUGUGCUGGUGGGCUGCUCGCGUAUCGCACCUCUCCCCCUUGCCACCCUUUUGAGUGUUGGGGCCCUUCUGCUGUGAUGCGCCGGUUCUUUGGAGGAUACUGCCACCGCGUCGUCGCUAGCAGACGACGACCGUGUGUGUGUGUUCGCUGCCGUUGACGUCUUCUGCUUCAUCGGUUGCUGCAGCGCGACGUCAGCUUUGUUGCUUUCUUUUUUUUUUCCCCCGUUCCGUGAUAUUUUCCUGUGCUGGAAAAAAUGAGUGCGCCGGAGCUCUUGACUACGUUCUUCGACAACGCCGUUGACACCUGAAAGUUUCACCUGAAAGAACCGUUUCCGUACGAAGACGGCACGUCCUUUCCAAGGACCCCCCGGUGGCUGUGCGACGAAGCAGGAGGAGCGGGUAGCCCUAUGCGCCGCCGUCAUGGGAGCCGAGAUCCCCGUCUGGGUGGGCGGUGUCCAGAAGUGGGUCACCGGCGUCGGCCGCAGGACCACGUGCGAAGAAGUGGUGCGCGCUCUGCUCGCCUCGAGCCGAUCGUCCCGAAAGUCCGGAAUCCAGGCGGUCUACCACGGCGGUGACCCGCUGCAGUACGCGCUGGUCGAGGUCUGCCCGAGGGGCAUCGAGCGCCGACUCGAGGGCGACUCGCGCAUUCUCAAGCUGUGGAACAGCGAGGACGACGUCAGGCUGAGCCUACGACGCAUCCGCUGCUGGUCCUCGACCACGUCUUCGCCCACAUCGGACUCGUGCGUCGCCGAGCCGCCGCGGCACCAUCACAGGCGCCGCCAUCACCACCACGGCCACCAUCGGAGAGGUCAGGCAUCCGGCGGCUCGAGUUCGACGACCACGACGUCGUCGAGCGCCUCCCCGCGCCUGCUUCGCACGGUGCACCCGCGGAAGCUUUCAGCCAGCGCCGGGUUGCUCUCCUCGUCCCAGAAUCAGCGCGGGGGCCAACAGGAGCACGCCGUCCUGCAGAGCGAAGAGCUUGCCGAGCUGGUGAAGCGGGUGAUCUGCCAGAGCGAGACCCUGGAGCGCCAGGCGGCGCUGCUGGCGAGCCGAGACGCCGAGAUCGAGCACCACGAGGCCAAGAUGCACGCGAUGCGAGUGAGACAGAUGGGGCCCGACUACAUGCUGGACGGUUACCGACCGGAGGCCUGCGAAGAGGAGUCCCUGCAGACGUACCAGGCCACGCUCGAGGCGUACGACCGCGUCCUCCAGCUGUGCCGCCGCAUCACCGCCGAAGAGGAGAAGGUACAGAGGCUCAGCGCCGAGCUGCGUCAGUGCACCUGGCAGCAGGAAGAGGAGAGGAGGCGGUCCCAGGAGCAACUGAAUGCGGCCAGAGAAGAGCAGGAGAGGAUGGAGGAGCUGUCACGAUCGCAGGAGGAAGCGCUUGAACGAAAUGAGCGCGCGCUGAGGGACUUGGAUCACGUGCUGGAAGACAAGAGAAAUAUGGCGGUGCAGCUGGAAGAACAGCUGAGGGUCGUGGAGCGGGAGGAGGGAGAGAUACUGGUCAGAAGGUGCCGACCCGUCGAGCCCCCGGCGCCGCCGAGGCCGGGUGUCAUGCUGUCGGUGACUGCGCCGGUGCCUGUCGCAGCCGCUGCGUCGUCUUCAGUGACGUCCUCCGCUCGCUGCUGUCUUGAUGCGCAGGACUCGAGCUCAGACACAGGCGUCAGCUCCAUGUACAGUUUCGAGGAGGUCAGCCACGUCUUGGACACACUGGUGUGACAUGAAGGCAGUGUGCAACAACUGUGCUUAUAGUUUCCUUUCUUUUUUUUCUGCACUGCAACGGAAACAAGGCGUUCAUGUUAUUCUUUAGGGUCGUUAGUUUGUCUUUAAAAGCGGACUUCUCAGUGAAACCCGUAAGCUGUUAGCCCCUACCUACUGUUUCACUUAGUCAUUAAUCUAAUCUGUUCAGCAGCAGCAUAUAAGCGAUUCAUUUCGAGGUAUUUUUGUGCGUCCUUUUUACUACCUUGCUUAGUUUAUCCGUGGCCACUUCUGUAAAGCUAGCUAAUAGGUAAUGAUCAGGAACAUAGGAAGUGGCCUGUAUACUCAUAAUAUGUAUGUUUGUAAGGGCUGUCGUCUCCUAAGAAAAAGUCUAGUUUAUUCACCAAAUCAAUGCUCAAUGCCUGUACCUGUUGGACCCAUAGAAUAACAUGAAAUUUGUUCUCGCGUCACUUUGUGCUCACACGUGACCGCUGUCGUUUGAGUUAUCACU